UUUUUUUUUUUUUUUUUUUUUUUUUUUUGACAAGAACGUGGAAUUGUUUUUGCGUAUGGCUUUGAAGUCGACCUUUCACCCCUAAAUUCUUCAACUUUCUUUCAAAUCAACAACGAAUCUGAACAAAACCCACAUCCCACCUCGAUUUCCCAAAUUAAACCCACCAUCAAUUUGCUAUUUCAAUCACACCAACACAAAAAGAACAAAACAUUUUUAAAAAUUUCCACUGAAACGCCGUCGUUUGUUAGGGUUUUUCACCACGAACGGUGCACACUUGCUGGAUGCGCUAAUGGGUUACUGGGUAUUUGAUCUGAGAUCGUUCUUGGUCACUGUGUGUUAAAAAUUGGUACUUGAACGAAAAAAAGCAGGUGAAGAAGCUAUGAGUGGAAACAUACCUGAUACGGUUGAUGAAGGAAGUGAUAAAGACGGUCAAAUUGUUACUUCGCCUGCAAGAAACGUUACGAAUGUUGAAGGAGAUAAAGAUUACGAGCUACAUGACGGUAUAGAGUUUGAAUCCCAUGAAGCCGCAUAUGCAUUCUAUCAAGAAUACGCAAAGUCUAUGGGAUUCACCACAUCGAUAAAAAACAGCCGUCGGUCAAAAAAGUCAAAGGAAUUCAUCGACGCUAAGUUUGCGUGUUCAAGAUACGGUGUUACACCGGAAUCAGAUGGCGGGACCCAUAGGCGACCAAGUGUUAAGAAAACCGACUGUAAAGCAAGCAUGCAUGUUAAGAGAAGAAAAGACGGAAAAUGGUAUAUCCAUGAGUUUAUAAAAGAACAUAAUCACGAGCUUUUACCGGCAUUAGCGUAUCAUUUUAGAAUUCAUAAGAACAUAAAGUUAGCCGAGAAAAACAAUAUCGACAUUCUCUAUGCGGUUAGUGAACGAACGAAGAAAAUGUACGUACAGAUGUCGAGACAGUCGUUCGGGAAUAGCACCGUUGACUUUUUAAGGGAAGAGUCAAACUACAACUUUGACCGAGGGCGUUACUUAUCUCUUGAAGAAGGUGACGGUCAAGUUAUACUCGAGUAUUUCAUGCAUGUCAAGAAAGAAAACCCUAAAUUUUUCUAUGCGAUUGAUUUGAACGAAGAUCAACGGUUAAGAAACUUGUUCUGGGUUGAUGCCAAAAGCCGAAAAGAUUACACCUACUUUAGCGAUGUGGUUUCUUUCGAUAUAAGUUACGUUAGAAGCAACGAUAAAAUGCCGUUUGCUCUGUUUAUCGGGGUGAAUCAUCAUUUCCAAGCUAUGUUACUCGGGUGUGGGUUGGUUGCAGACGAGUCAAAGUCAACGUAUGUUUGGUUAAUGAAAAUGUGGCUCAGAUCGAUGGGCGGGAUUGAAAAGGCUCCGAAAUUUAUAAUCACCGAUCAAGGAAAAACGUUAGAAAUGGCGACGAUCGAAGUAUUUCCGAAUUCCCGACAUUGUAUAUCGCUUUGGAGUAUCCUAGAAAAGAUUCCCGAGAACCUUGCGCAUGUUAUACGACGAAACGAUAAAUUCAUGUCGAAAUUUAACAAUUGUAUAUAUAAAACACUGACAGAGGAAGAAUUUGAUAUGAGGUGGUGGGAGUUGGCUGGUUGUUUUGAGCUUCACGAAAACGAGUGGUUUCAUUCUUUAUACGAAGAUAGAAAAAAAUGGGUUCCUGCGUUUAUGAAAGAUGCGUUUUUGGCGGGAAUGUCGACAACCCAACGGGCCGAAAGUGUGAAUUCUUUCUUCGAUAAAUAUAUUCACAAGAAGGUUACGCUCAAAGAGUUUAUCCGACAGUACGGUUCGAUUCUCGAAAACCGUUAUCAAGAAGAAGCGAUUGCGGAUUUCGACACGUGUCACAAACAACCGGCGUUGAAAUCCCCGUCACCAUGGGAAAAACAAAUGUCAUCGGUUUACACUCAUACAAUUUUCAAAAAAUUCCAAAUCGAGACUUUAGGGAUGGCGGGGUGUCAUCCUAAACCGGAACGCGAAGAUGAGUUGACCACGAUCUACGCGGUCAACGACAGUGACAAGGAUGAAACCUUUACGGUGACAUGGCACAAGACAAAAUCCGAGAUUUGGUGUUCGUGUCUUUUGUUUGAGUACAAAGGGUUUCUUUGUAGACACGCGUUGAUUGUGUUACUAAUGUGUGGGCUUCCGAGUAUUCCAUCUCGUUAUAUUUUAAAACGAUGGACUAAAGAUGCAAAGAGUGAUCAAUCAGAGGGUGAAUCGAAUGAACGGUUGCAAACACGGGUGCAACUAUAUAAUGAUUUAUGCAAACACGCGAUUCAAUUAGGUGAAGAAGGGUCGUUAUCCGAAGAAAGUUAUGAUAUUGCGUUUCGUGCACUUGUUGAAGCUUUGAAAACGUGUGUAAAUGUGAAUAAUAAAGAAUCGAGUAAUAGUGCGAUUUCGUUCCGUGACGUUGAAGAUGAGAAUUUAGGAGGUGUUUCUGUAAAAACGAGUAAAAGAAAGAGUGUAAGUAAGAAACGGAAGGUACCAUUAGAACCUGAACCUGUAAUGCUUGAAGCUCGAGACAGCUUGCAGCAAAUGGAAAAUAUGAGCUCAGAUGGCAUAACUCUUCAUGGCUAUUAUGGGACCCAACCAAAUGUACAGGGACUGUUAAACUUGAUGGAACCACCUCAUGAUGGUUACUAUGUUAACCAACAAAGCAUGCAGGGACUGGGCCAAUUAAAUUCAUUGGCACCAACUCAUGAUGGUUUUUUUGAGGCUCAACAAAGCAUGCAUGGUCUGGGGCAUUUGGAUUUUAGACCUACAAGUUUCGGUUACAACAUGCAGGAUGAACCGAGUUUGAGAAUCAAUCAUUUGCAAAACAACCCGACUAGACAUUCAUGAGAAUCAUUUUGUCAUCUCAAAGCAUAACCUUUGAUGCUGAAGUUGUUGAUGUUGAUAUUGUAUUUGUUAGAACUAUGAUAGCUACUAACUUUUGUAGCAAGCGAUAUGUUCAUAGAAAUUAAAUUGCUAAAGUUAGAUGUGACCCAGGUUCGACUC